AUGCAGCCAAAUUUUAUACUCACUACUCCUGUCGACAACAUGUCAGAAAAGCCGGAAUCCCCAGAUUUGUCUGAGAAUUGUGCGCCCUAUUUACCCAUGGCCGAUUUUCAGCCUCAAUAUGGCCAACACACCCGCGGUGAGAAUAUACACGAGCACGAUGACAGUCCCAACCGAAAUACCCUGCCUGAGCAAGCUGAGUCGGCAUCUCAAAAUAGGGAUACCUCGACUAGAUAUCCUCAGCUCACCUUGAAUGAGGUGCCAGCCAUAACUGGUGUAGGCUCACCACUUGCGAUACACCAGGGGCCUUCAUCCAGCGCAUCUGCACUGCAGAGCACUGUCGAUGAAGGCUUUCUGAUAGAAACUCACGACGACUUGCACUCAAAAUCUGAAUACCUCAUUAGCUCUGCCAGCUACGCUUUCCCUGAUAUGCAACCAUCCAAGCCCCAGAAGAACUCCCUGAAGAAAUCCCAUACUUGUGAAUCUUGCAGCAGGGCUUUUCAGAACGAAUCCGGGCUUCGCAAUCAUUACUGCACCCAUAAAAUUGAUGAGCAGUCUUUCCGCUGCUCCUAUGAUGGAUGUGGCAGGCUGUUCAUUCGCGAAGGUAAUAAGAACCUCCAUGAGCUUCUCCACGUUCAACCAGAAUCCAGACCACCCACACCCCAGAAGAAACUCCAUACUUGUGAGAAUUGCGGCAAGGAUUUUCGAGACACAUUCACGCUUCGCCGUCACUACCGCAGCCAUGCAUGUGAGCAGCCCUUCCGCUGCUCCUAUGAUGGAUGUGGAAGGUUGUUCAAACGGGAAGGUAAUAAGAAUCGCCAUGAGCGUAAUUUCCACUCUUCUCUGAAUCGACAAUCAAAAACAGCAAACCCCAUAUGA